UAAGAUUAUAUUGUCGAGCAACUUAAAACAGCAUAACUACAAACCCGGAAGAAAGGAAUCCGGACAUCAUAAAACACUUGCUGAACAUAAAGAUAGAUGGUCUCAAAGUUUCUAAAAUGGCUUCAGAGGUAUACCUAAUCCCGACUCUGCAGGACAUUGAAAAAGCCGUAUUGGAACUCAGUAGCCAAGUCCGAUUACAGAGUGCUUUUCUGGACUGUCAAAUAGAGAAGUUAGAGGAAGAUCCAAACAUGGAUUGUGUUGUGAAUGAAAACGAGGCUGAGAACAUUCUUGCUCGGACUAGCAGUCUGAGAGCAGAACUGGAGAAAUUUAAGUUGAAUUUGAAAAAGUAUCAAGAAGUCACUAAGGAAAAGAGAAAUAGUAAUGAAUCGAACGUAGACAAGAACGAGGACGGGGAAGAUUUUCCAGACAAGAACACAGAUGACCUUGAAUUCAAUGUAGACAGUGAUACAAUAGUUGCACAGCCCGACUCAGUUUCAUGUAUCUCUGAAAAGAAACCAAAUGGAACUGCACAAGAAAAUGAAGACAAUAGCGCAGUGGUUACAAUAAACGAGUCAUCGUCAUAACUGGUAGACAAGUAGACAUAGUUUAAAACAUCAUCUUGAUCCUAAUAAAUAAUUGAAUGGUUAUCAAACAAGAAGAAAAUUUUAACUGUUUAAUGGAUUUUUUGGAGUAGAACCGAAAAUCAACUACACGACUCGUAUCCACCAAUUUUGGAUAGUGAACGUGCCAUGCACAAAGUAUUACAUGCGUAGUUAUUCUAGAUGGAAAAAUUCUUUAUUGUGCUGAGAGCUUCAUAUCACUCGGUCAUCAUAUUUAUCAUAAAGUGUUGUUGUUAGGU